ACUCGUUCCCAGGGACCAUUUAUAAUCCCUAUCCGAUAAUUCUAUACACCUAGCACACUGCUUCAUUUUCAGGCGCUCUCGCUCUCUCCACUUGAAUCUGCAAUCGCUUGGUAGGGGAAUCUUUUUCUUAGUUUCGGAUCUGUUCGAGAUUUCUGAAAAUAGUCAAAUUGCAAUGGCGAUGAGGAUGGCUGCAAGAUUUGUAUCUCGGAGGUUCUCAAGUGGUGGAAAAAUUCUUAGCGAGGAGGAAAAAGCUGCAGAAAAUGUUUACAUUAAGAAACUUGAGCAAGAGAAGCUGGAAAAGCUUGCCAGGAAGGGCCCAAAACCAGAAGAAAAACCUGCCACAAGUUCAGGAGGAGGAUCAGUCACUGAUGCCAAACCUACCAGCUCUUCCUCAUCCUCAACAUCUGGAGUAUCAAAUGACAAGUACCGGAACUAUGCAGUUUUAGCUGGAACUAUCACUAUUCUUGCUUCUGUUGGAUGGUACCUCAAAGGUAGUGAAAAGAAGCCCGAAGUCCAGGACUGAGAGAGGUUAAUGUGCUUUCUUUUAAUAUGAACAGUCAAAAAGAGUUGACAGAGGAAGAAGUAUUACUUUUACUCUUCUAAAUCAUUUGUUUCAGUCAAAUAAAAUACAUCACUU